AUGAAAACUUUGACGAUUAUUCUCUUUGUCGGCCUCAUCGGAGUCGCUCUCUGCCGCUCCACCGGAGGACAAGGAGGUGCUGGCGGUGCGGGUGGAGCUGGAGGUGACGGUGGCUCGAGCCCAAAUGGAAAAGCUGGUAACGCUGGAGCUGGUGGAGCUGGAGGUGUUGGUGGAAACGGUGGUGAUGGCCAAAUAGCCGGUGCCGGUGGUAAGGGUGGCAUUGGCGGUGUAGGAGGCCGAGGCGGCAAUGGUAGAAUUGCAGGCGACGGUGGUGUUGGUGGCGAGGCAGGCGUGGGUGGCAGAGGUGGAAACGGCGACAUCGCCGGUGACGGAGGUGAUGCUGGAAACGGCGGUCUUGGUGGAAGCGGUGGAGACGGACAAGUGGCCGGUAACGGUGGAGACGGAGGCAAAGCUGCAAAGGGUGGUCGAGGAGGCGAUGGCAAAGUGGCUGGAAACGGAGGCAAAGGAGGUCUAGGUGGAUUAGGUGGCAAAGGAGGAAACGCAAUCGUUUUUCCGGACGACUAA